CCCACCCUCCCAUCCAAACAUCAACCAACCCUAUGGCUGAGUAUUGACUGUCCACCAACCUACCCGCAUAACCAAUCACACACCCUCGCAUCCAAACAUCAACCAACCCUACCUCCAUGAACCAACGAACCAAGCAGCUCAAGCCCACGGCGUGUUUCCCACCGCCUUUGGAUGGAGAAAUAGCCCAGCCCAUCUGCGUGUUUCCCACCGCCGUGAUUGACACCGCCGUUGAACAUGACGAAUAUCCGGUACACUGUUCAAAACGGGAACUGACAAAUUACUCCGCGGCAGAAGAUCCCCAGAAUCUUGUUGGACUCGCACCCGGCCCGUAGUGUGCAUGUGCAAACGAUGUACAUGUACGUACAUGUGGAUAGCAAAUACUGCAGGAAAUAUUGCUCUUUUAAAGUUUCACAUGCACGAGCCCAAAAUAUUGAUCAUUCUAAACUUGAGUGGAAGCAUCGAGGAUUUCAUAUUGCACGGUAGUGUGGUGACUUUGAGCAUUGCAACAACAGUGGCUGAAUUUGGGCGCGAAAAGAAACCGAAAGUUGUUAUGAUGGUGCACGGAUCGCCCUGUGAACGGCCGUGGCCCAACAGGUUCUUUUGGCCGAUGUCCCUGCUUGUGAUCUUUGCUAUCGGCACGGUAGUUCUGUACUCCACGACUUCUCCCAUAAAGCAAGUUUCGCUCCUCCCACAGCCGGCUGUGUCUAAAGACCUUUUCCGCGCCCAAACGGAGACCCCAAUCAGGACUGUGACGAGCGCCCUCACGUCUACAUACAGACUGGUAGAGCAGAAACUUCGCCCCAUAAAGCAAGUUUCGAUCCUCCCACAGUCAGCUGUGUCUACGUCUACAGACCUUUUCCGCGCUCAAACGAAGACCCCAAUGAAGACUGUGACGAGCGCCCUCACGUCUACCUACAGACUGGUAGAGCAGACACUGCGUGUCAGCAACACUGCACAUUUUGUCAUUCAAGCCAAGGACUCAAGCGGCAGGAACAUGACCUCUGGCGGCGAUUUCUGGUUUACCUUUCUGACCAGCGUUGAAGGCGAUCACCCGACCACUGGAGGGCGCACUGCUGGUUCGGUGGUUGACCACAAUAAUGGCACGUACAGUGUGUCCUUUUACGUUGGUUGGUCGGGAAUUGCUUACGUGCAUAUGACACUGGCAGCCCCAAGCGAAGCUACAAAAUGGCUGCGUGACAAGUACUGGCCCGUCGAAAAACGGGUCUUUUGGAAAGCGGAUUUCUGGGGGAAGCACUCCAUUGAAACAGCCGCCUGUUUCGUGCAGAGAAACGUGACGUCAACGUCCCAUCUGUGCACCAUCGACCACAAUCCCAAGGCCAUGGGAUUGACGGCUCUUUACUGCGAGAAACCACACGUUGCCAAGUGUGAAGAUUUCAAGACGAUUGCUGUAGAUCCCGAAAUGGUCAACACAAGAACUCUGGAGUUGCUUCAGGGAGAUAUCACAUUGUUUAAAGGGGAAAACUAUUUGCAGCCACUUACAAGGGGACCAAAGAGUUUCACAAUCGCACAAUCACAAAGCAACAGAACUACCGAUACUAGAGCACCAGUCUGCAAACCAGACGAAGAGCCCCUUGCAAACGAUGGAUUCUGGCUGGACGCGGAGUGGCACCACCUGCAAUGCAAGGUGCACAGAUGGGAAGACGUAAAAGCAGUCAGGGCGUGCUUACGUCACAAACACGUGUUCUUUCACGGCGAUUCAAACAUUAGAAGCUGGUACUGCGUGCUCACUAGGAAACUGGGCUACCCGUGGCAGCAUUUAGGCACGGGCAACGGCAAAAUGACCAUGCACAAUUACUACCCGGAUAACCAAAUAGAGACUAGUUUUUACUUUCACCCACGUGUCAUCACAACUGCUAAAAUCAAUUUAGAUGCCACACCGUAUGAGGUGGAUAUUUUGGACAAUAUCCCCACAGACGAGUGCAACAGGUACAUCAUCGCGCUGUGUCCGUGGGGACAUUUUACCCAGUGGACGCGGGAGAGUUUCACUGAGCGGACCAAUCUUCUGAAAGAUGCGGUGCUUCGGUUCCGGGAGCGGUGCCCUGGCGUCCCAAUUGUCCUGAAAGGCACCCACACUAGGGAACACGAGAGCACUCUAAAGACUGUGUACGGCAGUGACUACACGCUUUGGCACUGGGGUCGCACGCUGCGGGAUACCUUCCGAGGGACUGGUGUGUUUUUCUAUGAUGUGUGGCAGAUGAGCUUGGCCUAUGGAAAGCCGGAUAUACACAUGCCUCUAGAAGUCAUCAACGAGGAAGUGAAUUGGUUUUUAUCUUAUGUUUGUAGGUGAUACAACAAUGGACCGAUCCAGUAAGCACCGCCCCAUGGUAUUCUGACCAAUCACAGCCGUGAUUUAUGUCC